UUAAAAAAAAAGAAUUAAAAGUAAAUACGAAUUCAUCGUCCAGUCCAGCUUCUAAAAUCUGCUCUCUAGAAAAUCAAAUUGCGAGACCACUCUCUAGAAUCUUCUUCGAUCUUUGAAAAGAACAGCGAAAUUGAUCGACCCACUAAGAAAAGUGCGUCUCUGACUCAGUAUAUAUUUUGGGGAGUCAUCUGGUUUAUCAGGUGAAGAAAUGGAUGAUGAGCAGGAGCAACAGAACCAUAAUCUAGGUCAAGAAGGUGAAAAUGAAAUAGUAGCUGAAGGUGUAUCUGCUGUGCAUGAGGAACCUCCAAGCAACGAUACUGCCCCCCCAAAAGUUGAUUCCGAAGUGGAAGUUCUCCAGGAGAAAGUUACAAAACAAAUUAUUAAGGAAGGUCAUGGUCAGAAACCGUCCAAAUACUCAACAUGCUUCUUGCAUUAUCGGGCGUGGACUGAGAGCACGCAGCACAAAUUUGAGGACACAUGGAAUGAACAACAGCCACUUGAACUUGUAAUAGGAAAAGAAAAGAAAGAAAUGACUGGCUUGAGCAUUGGUGUUACCAGUAUGAAGUCGGGGGAGCGUGCAUUAUUGCAUGUGGGAUGGGAAUUAGCUUAUGGAAAGGAAGGAAGCUUUUCCUUCCCGAACGUUCCGCCAAUGGCAGAUGUAUUAUACGAAGUCGAGCUCAUAGGGUUUGACGAGACGAAAGAAGGAAAAGCUCGAAGUGACAUGACGGUGGAAGAAAGAAUUAGUGCAGCCGAUCGCAGAAAGAUGGAUGGCAAUGCUUUAUUCAAGGAGGAAAAGCUGGAAGAGGCUAUGCAACAGUAUGAAAUGGCCAUAGCAUAUAUGGGCGAUGAUUUCAUGUUCCAGUUGUUUGGGAAGUACCGUGAUAUGGCUUUGGCUGUUAAGAGUCCGUGUCAUCUUAACAUGUCAGCGUGUCUCAUAAAGCUCAAGCGCUAUGAAGAAGCCAUUGCGCAAUGUAGCAUGGUAUUAGCAGAGGAUGAAAACAAUGCCAAGGCCUUGUUCAGGCGGGGUAAGGCUAGAGCAGAACUCGGGCAAACCGAUGCAGCUAAGGAAGACUUGUUAAAAGCGCGCAAGUAUGCACCCGAAGACAAGGCGAUCACUAGGGAGCUCAAAUUGCUCGCCGAACACAACAAGGCUGUUUAUCAAAAGCAAAAGGAGAUCUACAAGGGAAUUUUCGGUCCCAGACCCGAUCCAAAACCGAAGCAUGGAAUAAUCGUUACUCAGCUGAUACUUGUUUGGCAAUGGGUGAUAUCGCUCUUCUAUCGUCUCUUCAAGCGCGAAAAGCACCGAGCUGACUAGGUAUAGCUUUUGAAGAACUGUGUUGAGAACUGCUUGUGAUGUUAGGAACUUGAGCCCUGAGAUAAAUUCUGGUCUUGAACUUUCACUUCAGUGUAAGGUUUUCCAUGGUUGAGUAGAACAUUUGUUUCUUCUCUCUCUCUCAAUGUAUUUUAAACAUGAGACAAUAAAUUGUUUUAACCUUAUAACU